UUAAAAUCCCAACCCGAAGGACCUACAUUGACCCAGAAACAUGUGAAGAUCUGCUCCAGACUGUUCAUGCCUUUGCCAAAGAGCUGGACAUAUCUAGUAUCAAGAUCGAGAGGAUAGUCCAUACAGGAGACUUUGGCGAGGUGUGUCGAGGUUGCCUAAAGCUUCCCAGCAAACGAGAGUUGCCUGUGGCCAUAAAGACCCUUCGUGCAGGCUGCUCGGAAAAACAGAGACGCUCAUUCCUCAGCGAGGCAGGAAUUCUGGGACAGUUUGAUCACGCCAACAUUGUGCGUCUGGAGGGAGUCAUCACCAGAGGCAACACUAUGAUGAUUGUGGUGGAGAGCAUGGCCAACGGAGCCCUGGACUCUUUCCUGCGG